AGAUUGUCACCCCUGGCUUGGUUGAUGCAAAAAAAUAAUUAAGGCGACGAUUACGAUUAUCGUAAUACGAAUAUCAAACGUUUGUUGUAAUUGAUUUGGCAUCGUUUUACAAGAUAGAAGUUGUGUUAAGUAUAGUUUUACAAUUAUGGAAGACGAGACGAGUUCAGAUUUGCAGAAGUGUUUAUCCGAUGGACCGAUGGAUACGGACGAAGGUCCUCUUAUUAAUGAGAACUCAAAUGGAUUGUCGCAUUUGUUGACGGAGGGCGAGUUCAACAGUGUCGAGGCGGCGGUGGACGAGUCGUCAGCAUCGAAUCAAGGUUUCCUCAAUGCGGUGGAGCUGUCUGCGGGUAGCGUUGGCGACUACCUGGACAACAACACAGACGGGUUCAACACAGACCCAUUCGAUGUGGGCGAUAACGCGGUCACAUUUCCCAGCGACUCGCUCAAUAACGUGCUCACCGACGGCGACUCGCUUCUUAGUGACACAGCGUUUAAGGCUCCCUCUGAAACUGAUGGUGAUGUUACAGAAAGUCAGAAGGCGACGGUGGAUACUGAUUUUGAAGUCAGUGAGCUGUCUGAUGCUGGCUAUUCAUUGCCAGCUGAUGACAUGACACAAACAAAAACAGAUGACAGCGCUGAUAAUGUUGCUGAGGUGAAGGCGCAAGCGACAGCAGAGCCUGACUUAGAACAAGCUGAGGACUCUAGUAGUACUCCAGCUAUCAAAACUGAUCAACCAAACAUAGAAAUGGAUGAGCAGUCUGUACCAGUGACGGAGGCACCAGUUGAGCCCAUACAGGAAAUGGAAGAAUCUGAGGCUACAAGCCAACCACAAGUUCCUGAAAAAAAUGAUGAGGAAACUAAAAUUAAAGAGGAUAAUGCUACACCAACUAAAAAAUCCAAGAUGGGUGGUGCAGAAGAGACAGAAGUUGUGUCAGAAGAUGAAUUACCUGAGGUUCAGAAGCCAAGUAUAAAGGAUGCGGAGAAUGUGUCCGAUGAUGAGCUGCCAGGACCCAAGCCUGCUGAGCUUCCUGCUGACACAGAGGUUGUAUCUGAAGAUGAAUUGCCAGCUUCUAAGAAGGAGACGAAAGAGUCCCGUAAACGUAAGACUGAAGAUGAGCGCGAUGGCUAUGAUCCUGGAUCACCCACAUCUGAGAAUGAAUCCUCUAACAAGAAACAGGCUGUGGCAAAGAAUGGAGAAAGCAAGCCAGUGCCUUCUGAAAAGAGAUCUUCAAUUGAUGAAAAACCAAAGAAGAAAUUGCCUGAACUUGACAAAUACUGGAAAGUUGUCAAUGAUGACCCAACUGAUUUUACUGGAUGGACGUACUUGCUACAAUACGUUGAUCAAGAGAGCGACGUGGAGGCGGCUCGCGAAGCGUACGACGCUUUUCUGUCACACUACCCGUAUUGUUACGGCUACUGGAGGAAAUACGCUGACUACGAGAAACGUAAAGGAAGUAAAAAGAAGUGCCUCGAAGUGUUGGAAAGAGGACUCAAAGCCAUCCCACUGUCGGUGGAUCUGUGGAUACAUUUUCUAAAUCAUAUAAAGACGACGAGGACUGAGGACCAUGCCUACAUUCGCUCGCAAUAUGAGAGGGCCAUAGAGGCGUGUGGUCUAGAGUUCCGUUCCGAUCGUCUGUGGGAAUCUUACAUCAAGUGGGAAGCUGAGAACGGAUCGGCUCUUAACGUCACCAAUAUUUAUGAUCGACUUUUGGCAACACCCACCCUUGGAUAUACUUCACAUUUCGACAAUUUCCAAGAGCACGUGAUGUCGGAGCCGGUGGCGGGCGUGGUGUCUCGCGCGGAGCUGGUGCGGCUGCGCGGGGAGGUGCGGGACGCCGCCGGCGCCGCGCCGCAGCUCGACCUGCCGCCCGGGGAGGAUGAGCCGCUUGAUCAUGUCGCAUCGGAGGAAGAGGCACAAGCCAUCAAAGAGCGCAUCAUAGCCGCUCGUCGCAAAGUACACAAAACUACCGGAGAACAAGUCGCAGCCAGGUGGACGUUUGAAGAAGGAAUCAAGCGGCCGUACUUCCACGUGAAGCCUUUAGAGCGGUGCCAGCUGAAGAACUGGAAGUCAUACCUGGAAUGGGAGAAGCAGCACGGCUCGCUCAAGCGGGCGCUGGUGCUGCACGAGCGCUGCCUCAUAGCCUGUGCUCUUUAUGAAGAGUUCUGGAUGAGGCUGAUUAAAUUCCUAGAAGAGCGCAUAGAGAGCAACCCCGAGCUUGUAGCCGUCGAGCGCGAGGUGUUAGAGCGAGCGUGCUCCGUGCAUCACCUCGACAAGCCCGAGCUGCACCUGCACUGGGCGCACUUCGAGGAGGCACACGGCAACCAGGCCAAGGCUGCUGACAUACUCGACCGCAUCGAGAAGACCUGCCCUAAUCUAGUGCAGAUACAGUACCGCCGCGUAAACUUAGAACGUCGUCGCGGCGACUACGACAAAUGCGUGCAACUAUACGAGGGCUACAUCGCGGCCGCCAAGAGCAAGGCGGUCGCCUCAGCUCUGGCCAUCAAGUUCGCGCGCUUCCUGUUCCACGUGCGCGCGCAGCCCGCCGCCGCCCGCGCCGCGCUCGACGCCGCCGUGCUGCGGGACCCGCUCAACGCGAGGCUGCAUGCUCAGCGCCUCGACCUCGCGCUGCAUACGCCCGGGACGCCUUAUGAGGAGCUCGAUGAGCUGGUAUCGUCAUACGGCAAGCAGGAGGGCGCGGAGCCCGAGGCAUGCGCGAUGCUGGCGUGGCGGCGCCGCGAGCUGGCGGAGGAGCUGGGCAGCGCGGCCGCCGCUCGCGACGCUCACGCGCACGCGCGGGCGCUCGCCAAGCAUCUGCGCAAGCGAGCCCGCAAGGACAAGCACGACCCGCCGCCGCCGCCUACUAGCACAUGCGCCGACUCAAACAAGAAGAAAGAGUGCGCAGCUGCUCCCGCCAACAGCGCGGCGUCACCAGGUGGCGGCAGCUACUACCAGGCGCCGGCGGCGACGCAGUCCUACGAGCAGCCGUACGCGCAGCCCUACCAGCCCGCCUGGGGCUACCAGCAGGCGCCCGGUCCCUACCAGCACCACCCGCACCCCUGGCCGCAGUACCCCAACUACUAUUAGACGACACACACACGGCGCAAUUACAUAUUAAUAAAUUUUACUGAAUGAAUUUAUGUGUA